CGUCGAUCCGCUGGCACCUAACCGGUCGGCGUCCAGAGGAGGCUGCCUUGGGAGACCUCGCAGGUGAGCCGCUGGGCUUUCUCCAGCUUCUCGGUCCACCGGGGCUCAGCUAGACAAGAAGAAGAGGCCGGGCAGAGCCUCAGCUUAGCCUCCGCCUCCUGCCCGAAGGCCGGGUUUCGCCCGCGGGGAGCGAUGGAGCAGUACGCCGCCAACAGCAGCAACUCCACGGAGCAGAUCGUCGUCCAGGCCGGCCAGAUCCAGCAGCAGCAACAGGGUGGCGUGACUGCUGUCCAGUUGCAGACAGAGGCCCAGGUGGCAUCCGCCUCCGGCCAGCAAGUGCAGACCCUCCAGGUAGUCCAGGGCCAGCCUUUAAUGGUGCAAGUAAGUGGCGGUCAGCUGAUCACUUCGGCCGGUCAGCCCAUCAUGGUCCAGGCGGUCCCCGGGGGCCAGGGACAGACCAUCAUGCAAGUACCGGUGUCGGGGACUCAAGGACUCCAGCAGAUCCAGCUGGUGCAGCCGAGCCAGAUCCAGAUCCAGGGGGGCCCCGCGGUGCAAGUGCAGCAGGGACAGCAGGCCCCCACGCAGCAGAUCAUCAUCCAGCAGCCCCAGACCGCCGUCACGGCCGGCCAGACCCAGACCCAGCAGCAGAUAGCGGUCCAGGGGCAGCAGGUGGCCCAGACCGCUGAAGGGCAGACCAUCGUCUACCAGCCCGUCAACGCCGACGGCACCAUCCUGCAGCAAGUUACAGUCCCUGUUUCAGGCAUGAUCACCAUCCCAGCCGCGAGCUUGGCCGGAGCCCAGAUCGUCCAGGCGGGAGCCAACACCAGCACCACCAGCAGCGGACAAGGCACCGUCACCGUGACUCUCCCCGUGGCCGGGAACGUGGUCAAUUCCGGUGGCAUGGUCAUGAUGGUACCGGGGGCCGGCUCGGUGCCCGCCAUCCAACGGAUCCCCCUGCCCGGAGCGGAGAUGCUGGAGGAGGAGCCCCUCUACGUGAACGCCAAGCAGUACCACCGCAUCCUCAAGAGAAGGCAGGCUCGCGCCAAACUGGAAGCCGAGGGGAAGAUUCCCAAGGAGAGAAGGAAAUACCUACAUGAGUCUAGACACCGCCACGCCAUGGCUCGCAAGCGAGGAGAAGGUGGAAGGUUCUUCUCCCCCAAAGAAAAGGACAGCCCCCACAUGCAGGACCCAAACCAAGCGAGCGAAGAAGCAAUGACCCAGAUGAUCCGAGUGUCUUAACACCAGGCCGGGGACGUCGCUGACGGGGACGCCCCCACCCCUCUCCGGGAGCCCCCUCGUCCCCACGGAUCAAGCGGGACCUUCCCGUGGGACGCUCUCUCGCUCUUCCACAGGCUGCCCCUUCCUACCGAACAGACAGCCACCCGGCUCGGAAAACGUGGCUUGGCGUAUUUUCUAACUGCGGUCAGCAGCUGCCGGGCAUCCUCAGGCCCCGGCUCACCUCAUUAGGCCGCUUCGGAUUUGGGAGUGUUGUGAAUUCCCGACGUGGAGGAAUUAACGGCCGGAGGGCUGAGCUCCAGGGUGUUGGAGCAGGCCCAGUGAGGGAGCGGGCGGGACUGACCCUCCAGGGGAAGACACAGGGACUCAGCCUAUAGGGUCUGCACCUGGUCCAUCCCAGCAGGCCCCAGGGUCUUGAGUUCCUGACCAAAUGGACCCGUGGGAAGGCCGGAGUCAGAGAGGAACGCCAUCCCGGGACCCAAGGGCCGUCGUGUCCGUACCUGGUCCGCCCCAGCAGGUCCUGGGGCCUUGAUUUCUGGCUGGACCGGCUGAACGGACCUAUGGGCAGACCGCUGGCAGGCGGG